GAUUGAAAUCUUCUAUUUGCUCGUUGUAUUCGAAGGUUUAUAGUUUUUUUCUGGGAAAUUUUGAGUUGAUUUCGUUGUGUUUCUCGUUUUGCAGGUCGGAUACGAAUGAUAAUGGCGAGUACUUGAUCCGAAGAAAGGAAGGAAUUUGGAAUUUCUAGAGCAAAAAUCGCCUACUUGUGUAGAUUGGGUCGUCCAGGAGAGCAUUGUCUCCUGUUGAUAAUGGCGGCUUCGUCGUGGCGGACGGCGUUUCUCUCUCUCAGAGACGAAACCCUAACCACUCCCCCCCAGCCACUUCCUCGAUUGCUUGACGAUCUCAUAUUCUUACAUUUCAACUCUCUCCUCUCCGCCGCGUCUCUCCUUCCACCACACGAGCUCACUUCCGAUUGUGUGUUCCUUUUGGAUUUGGUGGCUAAAUCGGAUUGCAUCCCUGUGUCUCUUCAUGCUUGUCAAUUUAUCCACGAUGUUUGUUUACGCAAGCAACUGCAGAUAAAUUCGUCGUCUUGGACUCUCCUUCUUGAUUCUUUUGCUAAUUUGUUGGAUUUUCUUCUUCGCCAACCCACGCAUUCACCCAAUUCCACUUCGCAGUUAUCUAGAAUCAAACCCGUGAUUCAGAGUCUGGAAACUCUAAGGCGUCUGGCCGGUUCAUGCCAUGGAAAGAAUGCUCUUGUGGAGAAUACCCAUCUGAUUAAGUUUCUUCUGCGCGUUAUAUCACUUUUGCAUCAGGAUUUGGUCUUAUUAUAUGGUAUGUCCAAUCAAAGAUCUACUGUUGAUCUCGGGAAGAAGCUGCCUAAACAAAGUAGCUUAUGGGAUGCCUUCUGUCUUGCCUUUGACAUGCUUGGUCAAUCAUUUUCUAUGUCCGAGGCUCUGUUUCCUGUAGACGUAAGCCAAUCUGCUACGGAGGUUCUAAGGAAAGUGAUGGAUGUAUUAGUGUCCAAGGGGCAGCUGGUUGAAGAUUAUCUUAUGUCGAGAUUUUAUUCAUCUCUUCUACACUGUUUACACUUGGUCCUUACAGACAUCAAAUGUCCUUUUUCUGAUCAUGUCUCAAGUUUUGUAGCAGCGUUGAGAAUGUUUUUCUGUUAUGGAAUCACUGGCCCACCUCAUCAUUUUCAUUCCGAUGUCCGCAAGGACAAUAAGUUAUGUGAGAUGCCCUCCACAUCGGUUUCUGGAACACGUGAGGAUGCCAAAGAUUCUCCUUAUAGGCCACCCCACUUGCGCAAGAGGGAUGGUUUGAAAACCAAGCCGUCAAGUGCUUGGGACCGGCAGGGUCCCGGUGCUCAUGAUUCUGGCAGCAUCGAUGUUACAUCAUCAGAUUCUGAUUUGAGUGACAGUGAUGGAUCAACCAGGGAUUCUUAUAGCAGUGAAGGCUCCAAAGUAAGAGUAGCUGCAAUUGUUUGUAUACAGAAUCUUUGUCGUGCUGAUCCAAAGUCAUUUACCACCCAAUGGAUGUCUCUUUUGCCGACCAGUGAUGUACUCAAGCCAAGAAAGUUUGAAGCUACUCUGAUGACAUGCUUACUUUUUGAUCCUCAUUUGAAGGUAAGGAUAGCAUCUGCCUCAGCUAUUGCCGCAAUGAUGGAUGGCCCUUCAUCUAUUUUCCUUCAAGUGGCAGAGUACAAGGAAUCAAUGAAAUAUGGAUCUUUUAUGCCCCUCUCAAAUUCUCUUGGUUUAAUACUAAUGCAACUCCAUACAGGUAUUCUACAUUUGAUCCAUUGUGAUAAUCAUGGUAGAUUGCUGACAUCCUUGUUCAAGAUUCUUUUGCUUUUGAUAUCAAACACACCUUACUCAAGAAUGCCGGGAGACUUGUUGCUAAAAGUUAUAAUAUCUCUGCAUGCAAGGAUUAAAGAAGGUUUUCCUUUAAAAAAUGAUCAAACUGGUCUGCUGGUUUCUGCAAUAAGCUGCCUGACAGCUGCUUUCUCCACCUCCCCUCCUCAAACGAAAGUACGUGAUAUGCUUUUGGAUGAGAUAUCAGCAGGAUUGGUCGAGGUCGAAGGGAAGUCUGGAGUUCUGUUCACUUUAUUUCAGUUUGCCAAGCAAUUUUCUAAUACACCAACUUGUGUUGAGGCGCUUCAGGUCCUCCGAGCUAUCGCACACAAUUACCCAACCUUAGUUUCAGCAUGCUGGGAAUGUGUCUCGGCCCUUGUGUAUAAACUGUUGGACUCUGCUAUUAUGGAAGUUUCUCCAGCUCAGAAGGCUCCUGUUAGGGAUUCUGUUAGACAAAUUGGAGAUAAAGUCAUUGCAAUGGCUAUUAAGGUAUUGGACGAAUGUCUUCGAGCAAUAUCUGGAUUUAAGGGCACAGAGGAUCUCUUGGAGGAUAGACUAUCGGAUACACCAUUUACAUCUGACUGCAUAAGGUCAAAAAAAGUCUCAUCAGCACCAUCUUAUGGAUUCGUGAAUCCUGAAUAUGCUCAAGAGUCAAAUUUUCAGGCAGGAUCUGACCACUGGUCUGAGGCAAUUUCGAAGCAUAUACCUCUGGUGCUUCACCAUGAUUCUGCAAUGGUGAGAGGAGCUUCAGUUACUUGCUUUGCUGGGAUCACUUCCUCAGUUUUUGUCUCUCUCAAAACACAUGAAAAAGACUUCAUCACUUCAUCUAUCAUAACCGCUGCUUUGCAUGACAAGGCACCUUCAGUGAGAUCAGCAGCUUGUCGAGCAAUUGGCGUAAUUUCAUGUUUCCAGGAAGCUUCCGGAAGUGCAGAGUUCCAUGAAAACUUUAUCUUAGCUGUUGAAGCAAACACUCGUGAUCCCUUGAUCUCGGUUCGUAUAACAUCAUCCUGGGCAUUGGCAAAUAUAUGUGAUUCUCUUCGUUACUGUGUCAGUGAUGAAUCCUUUCAAGGGUCAAAUAAAAGUAUACAAUACCUUGACAUGCUAAUAGAAUGUGCUUUGCGCCUUACAGAAGACGGGGACAAGGUGAAAGCAAAUGCAGUUCGGGCCCUCGGGAGUCUGUCGAGAUAUGUUAAAUUUGCGCGUGUAAAAUCGGUGGACCCAGAAGCAUCAAAUGCAUGCGCAAGGGAUUCGAGUUGGCUGGAGAGAACUGUGCAAGCGUUUCUUUCUUGUGUAACAACUGGGAAUGUUAAGGUUCAGUGGAAUGUCUGCCAUGCUUUAAGCAAUCUAUUCUCCAAUAAGACGAUAGAACUUCAAGAAAUGGAUUGGUCUCCCACUGUGUUUAGUAUUUUGCUACUUCUGCUCCGUGAUGCAUCGAACUUUAAGAUAAGAAUACAAGCUGCUGCUGCACUUGCCGUUCCGGCUGCCCCACUUGAUUAUGGAUGGUCCUUCGUAGAUGUUGUCAAAGGUGUAGAGCAUGCUCUUGAGUCGUUGAGUUCAGACAAAGAUUCAAGAUUGGAAAAUCUCAAGUACAAGACAGCCCUUGAGAAACAGUUAACAUCAACCAUGUUGCAUCUCCUGAGUCUGCUUCCAAGCUGUCAUUCCCAAGCUCUGAUAGAUUUCCUUGUAAAGAGAGCCGGGUUUCUCGAGGAGUGGUUGAGGAAGUUAUCUGUGUCGGUAGACGAGACGGAAAACCCAAGCGGAUCGAGGAGCGAUUCGGGUGGGAGGCAAAAGAAAGAGUUGAUCUCAAGAGCCAUAGAAGCACUGGCCACAAGCUUGGGUCCUGAAAUGGCUCCGAAAUUGCAGAAGUUGAGGUUUUGAAAGGUAUGGAUGAUGAUGAUGUUGAUGACAAGGUUCAAAAAUCAUGAAAGAUUACAAGUCUCUCCCUUUAUACUUAAAAAAGAUUGUAUAUUAUUUGUAAAUUUUUUUGGAAAACUUUUUUACGCCCUAUAUUAGUACUCUUGGAUUUAUUCUUUGAAUAAAAUCAUGGAUGGGUAUGUCAAA